UCCCCUCUCCCCUUGCUUUCCCCGUUCUCCGCGGCGUUCUUCUCGAUCCCUUCUCCUGGUGUCUUCGUCUGUUGGUAGGGUUUGGGUUUCUUUCGCCUUGGAUUGCGAGACGAGAUCGCUUUGGUCGGCGGCGGCGGCAUUACGGCAGCGACUUCAUGUGAUUCAAGUGAUAAAGAUUUGAUUCUUGUAAAGGGCAUACUAGCUCAAAUGAUUUGUAGCCUCGUGUAAAUGCUCUAUAGGCGUUGCAAUGAGAAGUCAUCAGGUGGCAUCUCCUUGAUGGACUGCAUGAACUCAUCAACUGACAAGAACACAUUAAAGAGGUGGUUUUUCAUUGAUAAAAGGGUUGGAUGAUGUUUAGGAAAAGUAAGAGAGAGUAAGAUUAAUCAACCAAGAGUACGUUUGAUUAUACUGCUUGUGGAGCAACACUUUGUCAACGAAUCAAUGGAUUUGAAGUCAAACCAUAAUUCACCUGUCCUCACUGAUCCUGCAUCUCUGAGCAAGUCAAGAUUGGGCUUGCCCUCUAACAUGACGCCAUGCUCUCCUGCAGCAUUGCCAUUCUCAUCUUCUGGUUUGUAUCUAACAUUUCCCAAAAUACUAAAUUGUAAACUUCAUAAUGCCCAUGUUAACGGUUGGUUGGAUGCAAUAAUAGUAUCUUCACCUCGCAAAAAGUUGAACAAGGACCUGAUCUCUGAGUGUCAAUUAGAUGACAAUGAUGCUGCUUAUCAAACCUGGAUGAUAAAUUAUCCAUCCGCUUUAAACUCCUUUCACCUAAUCACAAGUUAUGCUAAAUGCAAGACAGUUGCAUUGUUUUUGGACUAUGAUGGAACUCUUUCACCAAUUGUGGAUAAUCCUGACCAUGCAUUCAUGUCAAGUGCAAUGCGUGCUGCUGUAAGAGAAGCUGCUAAUCAUUUCCCCACUGCAAUUAUUAGCGGAAGGUCUCGUGACAAGGUACAUGAAUUUGUCAAGUUAUCGGAGCUGUAUUAUGCUGGCAGUCAUGGGAUGGAUAUAAUGGGUCCAAUCAGAAUAUCUGAAUCUGUUGGUGAUCAUCCAGUCUGCAUUAAGACGACUGAUAGUAAGGGUAAAGAAGUACAUCUCUUCCAACCUGCUAGGGAAUUUCUACCAAUGAUCAAUGAGGUGUAUAAAUCCCUCAUUGAGAUCACUAGCAAUAUCAUAGGUGUCAAAGUAGAGAAUAACAAGUUUUGCGUCUCUGUACAUUACCGCAAUGUGGAUAAAAGGAUGUGGGAUGAAGUUGGACUUCGUGUAUUUGGCUUGAUAAAGGGUUUUCCACGUUUGCGUGUUACCCAUGGGCGGAAGGUUUUAGAGGUCCGCCCUGUGAUAGACUGGAACAAGGGAAAAGCCGUGGAGUUUCUUCUUGAAUCACUGCAGCUUAGCCAACGCAACGAUGUGCUCCCAAUUUAUGUUGGAGAUGAUCGUACCGAUGAAGAUGCAUUCAAGGUUUUGAGAGAGAGAAUCCAUGGAUUUGGCAUCUUAGUUUCGAAUGUGCCAAAGGAAACUAAUGCUUACUACUCCCUGAGAGACCCAUCUGAGGUACAAGAAUUUCUCAAGUCUCUUGUGAGAUGGAAGAAGUUCACAGCAUCACAAACUGAAGACUACAAUAUAGAUUUGAUGUGCAUAGGAUAGAUGAAGUACCUAAAGAUAAUUUAAUCAGCCUAUAAACUUGUAUGUGAGCCAUAAAUUUCAAUUUAUUUAUUUUUACUUUUUUUUUAUUGUUUUUAAAGU